AUGACUUCGAAAACGUCUCCAGGAGACGGGCACCGUCUGUCAUUCGCAAAGAUUGCUGCUUUGCCCCCACCGUUGAAAUCGGAAGCACCGCCUGCGUCCGAUGAAAAGGACGAAUCUCGGCCUCUAGAGGAGCCAUCAUUCUCGGAACCGCAGAACCCAGUCAGUGCUUCAUUCAGCCAUGAAAGCCCAACUUCCAUCACCACCCAGGCCAUUGCUCUCGACCAAGACAUGGACAGUGUGUCCAAAGCCGUUCAAGCCGUCAACCUAAUAGAGGGAAACACCCACGAAAGCCCCGGAUUCUCUGAAGAAACCCACGGAAACGGGUCUCUGAGGCGCGAGGAUUCAUUUGAAGAUGACCGUACUCACCUUUCUAACUCCUCGACAAAGCCAACAAGUUUUGAUUCUAAAAGCAUGGCGUCGGUCACUACGUUUGCAAUGGACGAAAAGGAUUCUCUACGCCCUGAUGACAGCGCCAGCGUGCAAGCUAUAGACGAGGAAGAGUCACUUUCUGGUCAUGCGUCUGGUGCACCAAAUUCGCUGACUGGAUCGGAUUCUGGGGCCCGGUUCCGCGAUGUCCAAAGAAACCGUGGACCCCUUCACAACCCUAUCUCUAUCUUCAGUGAUGUCCCACCGCGGGCAAACGGUGCCAUUACUGCUGAUUCUGGUGAUAACAGCUUUGUUGUUUCCAACCCUGAUCCUUACUCGGGUCGACCUAUACACGGGUUCCCUUCAGAACCGGACGAGAAGCUUCUUGAAGCUAUGAAGUCUCCCAAAGACCGCCUUCUGAUACUUCAAUUAGAAGAAAAGGUCAGGAGUUUUAUCCAGGACUCCAGGGAGCAAUCUCUGGAACUACCGCCUUCAAACGCAUUUGGUCGACUUCUUGCUCAUAAGCUGGGUGAUUAUUAUCAUCUUACCCAUUUUGUGGACAAUAACGUCACAUCUGUUCGGCUUCAUCGAACUCCGUUUUGUCGGCUGCCUACCCCCUUGUCCCUGAUACAUGCUGCUACAAAUUCUGGUCCCCCUCCGACAGCGCCUGCCAUGAAAAUCAUGCGCCGCACAGAUGGGGAACGCCCGUCCACGGAGGGCAGUAUAGCCGCAAGCUCCUCUCCUUCGAAGCCCACAUCUGAGGCUGGUGAUAGUGGUAAUGAUGCAGAACAUGGAGGAUCAUCCGCGGGAGCUACCCCUGCUAAGGAUAGAAUGUCUCUCUCUAGAGAGGAACGUGAAGCCAAGUACCAGGAAGUCCGGGAGCGGAUAUUCCGGGACUUUUCAGAGUCGAAGACCCCGGAAAUGAACGGUGAAGCUAAUAUAAACAUGUCCAGGUCAAGCUCCACUAGCGGACGGAAAAAGACGCAUAGGCAAAAAACACCUCAUGAUGACAGCUUCGAGGCCAGAUCUCAGUUCAACGCGUAUUAUCCUGGAAUGCAGUAUACCAACGGCUCUAUGCCUUACAAUAUGGGCAUGCAGGACCCUUCGUUCCAAAGCCAGCCCUACAUGGUAGGGCCUGGCGUGGUACCAACCAACGUGGGGGGCUACAUGCCUAGCCAGAACGGCAUGAUGUAUCCUGGGCAGGUCAAUAUAAACACUGGAUCACCCUAUACGAUGCCCUUAUCCCCUCAAAUGGGCACAAGCAGCACCUGGCAGAGUGGACCGUCCGCCCAGCAAUUGCCUUACACCGGGUAUCCAAUCAACCGGUCCCCGGCGAUGCCCUCAGCAAAGCCCGUUGCACCACUAAGCAACUAUCCUCUUUCCAGCAAUGUACAGUUUCAGGGUACUCCGGCGGGCUGGUCCUCUCCCCCAUACCAGGGGGCGUAUCCACAAGCUACUCAACGGAACCAACCUCAGGCCCCAGUUCCCUGGCCAACCUAUCAAACGCAGCCGCUGACAACGGCGGCGUAUCCUUACACCCAAUACCCAGGCCAGCCACUGAAUACUGGUUUGUCUAAUCACUCGGGCUCGCACCCUCUCCCGGGUAGCUUCAACAGAUCUCAUUUUAAUCCUCAAACUCGCUCUUUUGUACCUGGUGGCACUGCUGGCCCGGUGCGACAUUCAAACAAGAACAGCCCGUCAAGUGUGGGCUCCUAUCCGAACAUACAGUCAAGCGCCCAACCCCAGUGGACCGGCUACCCAGACAUCAACAGCAAGAACCCGGAACAAAUCGGUGCCAACCUCAAUCGGGGACAGUUACCGGGAGGCAAAGACUCGAUCGCAAAAUGGGGGACGCCCUCCCAUUUACCUCCAAAGCCACCUCCAUCCGAAGUCCAGUCUGAUUAUGAGAUAAAGCACCGGAAUGUCAACUCCGCGAAUCACUCAUAUCCUAGCAACGCAAUACAACAUCCCCAGAACGGUCCGUUGGUUGUUUCAGGAGGCACUGGCGUGUCACGCCCGAGUCAACAACGAGCUGCCCUGGAGCCAUAA